UUUAGUUUCUGGUGUUAGAUCUCCUUGAUCUGUUUGUGAGCCAGCAAUCCCUUCAACCUCUUCUUCACAAACGCCUGACCCUAAACCCCUCUUUGGAUGAACAAUCACUGGCAGCAGUACACGUAAACUAUAACUCCUUGCAAGCUUACGUGGUUUGUGAUUGGCAAAUUGUCAUCAGAAGAGCUGGAGAAAUUCUGGAAGGAGUGAAGGCCCUGCAUGUCAGACCUCUGACCAGAAUUGGCCCCCACUUAAAAUUAGAGAGUUGCUAGUAGGAUUUUGAACAUAUUUCUUCAGUCCAUGUGUUCAGCCAAAAGGCUUCUCUCAUGUAACUUUUCUAGGAUGAACCUGUGCUAUUGCUAGCCUUGCUUAAUGACUGGUAGUAUUGCUCAACUGUCGCUCAGGGCUAGAUAAGAGGAAGACAGAUUGUGCAAAAAUGCCUUAGGUUGAAUGUAGUAAUGUAAAUUGCAAAUUGCUAUCACGACACCUUCUGUUCAGCUGCUGAGACAUUCUAGAGACAUCACCAGCGCAGUAGUACCUAGUUUUUCACUUUCCUAGAGAAGUCUUGGUGUGAAUUGGGCUGAACCACACACUCCUAGCCCGUUUAGGAUUCAGAAACUCCCUGCUUCUGCCUGAACCUCCUGAUGCAUGCAGUCUGGUGGGCACCAGCUGAGCAUGUGUUACAUCUGACAAGAGAAAGCAGCGAUGAGGAUUGCCCUGGUCUUUGCCUGCCUGGUGGGGAUGUCGUGCACCUUCUCGGUCAAGAGCUGGCUGCGACGAACCAAGUCAGAUGACUCAGAAGAAAAUGCGGUGUUCAAGAACAGACACCGGUAUUACCUGUACAGAUAUGCCUAUGUGCAUCCCCCCCAGCGAUGGUACAAGGGCAGUGACUCAUCAGAGGAAGAAGGGGAUGGCUCAGAAGAGGAGGAUGGAGGGAAGCUGUUCCAUCCUGGCAUCAAGGCAGCUGGACACACCACUGGAGCAGUCCCUGGUUGUAGCCAGGGUGGGUUGGGAGAAGAUAUCGUAUCCCCACAGCAGGACUGCCAAGGGCCCCAGAAAGUGGACAAGAAUGGUGCUGCCAUUCUUGGGGAUGACUCUGAAAAUGAAGACAGUGAUGAGAAUGAGGAGGAAGAAGAGGAGGAGGAGGAGGAGGAGGAAGAAGAAGUAGUUGAGAACAAGAAUGGUGUCAAUGGCACAAGCACCAACACCACUGAGGGGGCAGAUGGACCUCAUGGUAAUGGCACCACAGUUGUUGAGGAGGGCAUUGGUGCAGCUGAGGAGGAGGAAGAAGAGGAAGAGGAAGAAGAAGAGGAAGAGGAGAAAGAGGAGGAGGAAACCGAAGCCACCACUGUUGCCAGCACCACUGGUGAAGAGGGGCUGUCCCAGGCAACCACCGUGGGAGAUGCAGAACGUUGGGACACCACCACAGCUGCAGAGUGGGAGUAUGAGGUGACAGCUGUGGGCCAUGGCAGGGGAGAUGAUGGAACCACUGAAAGCAGCUAUGGGGAGAAUGAUGAGUAUGCCCGUGGGGACAGCUACCGGGCCUACGAGGAUGAGUAUGGCUACUACAAAGGGCAUGGCUAUGAUGUGUAUGGCCAGGAUUACUACUACAGCCAGUGAGUAAGUGGGGAAGUGGCCCUGGUGUUGCUCCCCACCUGCCCCAUCCCACUCAGGAAUAUGCAUCCGAAGGCUCACUGCAGCCACUGCGUGCUGGAGGGGAUGCUGGACAACUUGCAGUGUGCACCAGCUCUG